CCGCCAUACUACCUAGGCAAAAACGUGCACAAUACAAGGGUCCAUAGCUUGCUAACGGGUACCUCAGGGAUCAACUAGUCACCAAACGAAUCAAGAUGAGCUGCAACACGACGGCACGACCGGUGUCGGUCGGACGAGUGGAAGAAAAAGAAGACGCAAAACAGGACAGCACGCAGCGAAGGCGAUCGGCGAGGCUCUGCGAAGCAGACAGCAGUCAGCAAAACAAGGGGGACGGAAACGAUGUGACUGCACUUCCUGCCGUGAAGCGCUCCAUCACUGUGAGGAAGAUCUUGCCGAGGAAGACUCAGGUGUCUGGGAUGCCCUGUGGCUCUGUUCGGCAUAGUCCUCGCAUGUCCGGCACUUCAGGCCCCCUUACUCCUCGCACACCAGACUCAGCUGUACGGUACAACUCUCGGGUUUCAUCAGAGUGCAACAAGGAGAAUGCCGGCCGGCCAUCAGGCCUGAAGCAUAAGCAGGAGGUGCAGAAGAUGUCCACACCUGCUCCAGCGCCUGCACCCCUCCUGAAACCGGCUGUCCUGUCACCAAUCAUCGCCUCAGCCCCCAGCCCUCCCCAGCUGCCGCAGGAUACUGCCGGCGUCGAGUGGUCGCGGAAGGUGCGGCGCUCCUACAGUCGGCUGAGUGCUGGCGGCGACCUUUCCUUUCAGGGCUCCCCAGCAUCCCCGCCCCCUUGUCGUCGCGACACACUCUUCGGUUUUGAGAGGCUGCAGACGCCAUCGGUGGCUGGCAGGAGGGCGGAGCGGCCAGGUACUGAGGCGUUGUUGUCGUUGUGCGCUGGCUCUCUCUCUGUGCUCGAGGGCAGUGGCACCAUGGCAGACAACAUCGAGCCUGACAUUAACAUCCCGGGGGUGUCGCUGGUCAAGGAGAAGAGGAGGAGGAAGCGGGUGCCACAGAUGAAGAUGUCGGAGUUUGAUACUUUAGCCGCCAAGCUGAAUGCGGAGUUUGAGGAGGCGGAGACCUUUGACCUGGUGGUGGAGUGAAGCAGAGGCUCAGAAACUCUUAUUGCAAUUGGGCGAGGCACUGUCGGCCACCACUGAGGCACGACGCUUGCGAGACAACUGGAGAAGGCUUUGUGACGACACCAAUGGGACUGUGCUGGGCCGAUCCCAAAGCCUGUCUGAAUUGUGUCUUCA